AUGCUUCAAAUGGUAACACAACUAAAAGCGAUAAGAUACGAUGUUAUUUUUGAUCAAUAUUUCUCUCAUUCGAUUAAAGAUUAUGAGAGAUCUCUUCGCCAAGAAUCAACUCAACUGGAUUUCAAUAUUGCUGCUCCUGAUCAAGUUAGACCUUCAGAUUUUUUAAAAGAACUGAAAAACAUCAAUUUUAAACAGGCCCUCGUUGAUUUCUUUAUUCAACACUGGGCAUCUGAUGAAAUGGUCCCUUUUGUUGAGAAUAAACGGAUAUUUAUAAAUUAUAAACAAUGUCAUUCUUACAUCGUUGAUAACAACAAAGUUGUAUCAGGUGUAGAUGACAGUUUAUCCUGUCCAGAGCAUAAAGAAGCUGAUACAAAAAUUGUUUUUCAUGUUUGUAACAUUGAUGCUCAACCAAAUUUUGUUAUUAGAUGUUCUGACACUGAUAUUGCAAUAAUUAUGUUAGGGCAUAUGGAUAAUUUGAAAAAUUAUGACUCCAAUGUAUGGUUAUAUGCAGGCACUGGAAAUAACCAGAGAUACAUUAAUUUUUAA